AAAAAGUUUAUGAUUGGGAAGUUGGAGAGAGAGAGUUUUGUUUUGAUUUGAUUUGAUGACAUAGUUGAAAGCAUCGAAAAUCUUGAGCCUCUCCUCAACGAUAAGAGAGUAAGAGAAACACAAACAAAUCCAACCAAUCAAACCACUCAUCAUCAUAUACACACACACACCCACACCAACACCACAACCUCACUUCACUCAUCAAUGGCUUCUGCAGCUACACCCACCACCGGCUUCUCCCUCCUCCGCCAAUCCACCACCACUUCCCGCACUCGUUCUUCUCUCCUUCAACUCUCACCCUCUUCCCUCCGUCUCCGCCCCACCACACUCCCUCGCCUCGGCUUCACAGCAGCCGACCCUCUUUUCUCCCACGCCGUCGCCUCCACGCUCCGCUCUUUCGGCUCCGCCAAUGGUGGUGGGACUCCGGUCAGGGGAGUUGUCUCCAUGGCCAAGAAGAGCGUUGGGGAUUUGGGUGCUGCUGACUUGAAAGGAAAGAAGGUCUUUUUAAGAGCUGACUUGAAUGUGCCUUUGGAUGAUAACCAGAACAUUACUGAUGAUACUAGGAUUCGUGCUGCCAUUCCCACUAUCAAGUAUUUGACUCAGAAUGGAGCUAAAGUCAUUCUCUCCAGCCAUUUGGGACGACCAAAAGGUGUGACACCAAAGUUCAGCUUGGCUCCUCUUGUUCCUCGUCUUUCUGAACUCCUUGGCAUUCAGGUUGUGAAAGCUGAUGACUCCAUUGGCCCUGAAGUAGAGAAGUUGGUGGCUUCACUUCCUGAUGGUGGUGUUUUGCUUCUUGAAAAUGUGAGGUUUUACAAGGAGGAAGAGAAGAAUGAUCCCGAACAUGCUAAGAAGCUCGCAUCAUUGGCAGAUAUUUAUGUCAACGAUGCCUUUGGAACUGCUCACAGAGCUCAUGCCUCAACUGAGGGUGUUACAAAAUACUUGAAGCCAUCUGUUGCCGGUUUUCUCUUACAGAAGGAACUUGACUAUCUUGUUGGGGCAGUAUCAAACCCGAAAAGGCCUUUCGCUGCCAUUGUUGGUGGUUCUAAGGUCUCGUCAAAGAUCGGUGUUAUUGAGUCACUACUAGAGAAGGUUGACAUCCUACUUCUCGGUGGAGGAAUGAUCUUUACAUUUUACAAGGCACAAGGCCUUGCAGUAGGUUCUUCUUUGGUUGAGGAAGACAAACUAGAUUUGGCGACAUCACUCAUUGAGAAGGCGAAAGCCAAAGGCGUUUCUCUUUUGUUACCCUCUGAUGUGGUGAUUGCAGACAAGUUCGCCCCCGAUGCAAACAGCAAGAUUGUACCUUCAUCUGCCAUUCCCGACGGGUGGAUGGGAUUAGAUAUUGGUCCAGACUCCAUCAAGACAUUCAAUGAGGCACUUGACACUACUCAAACCAUCAUUUGGAAUGGACCUAUGGGUGUUUUCGAAUUCGACAAGUUUGCUGCUGGAACUGAGUCUGUUGCAAAGAAGCUAGCAGAGCUUAGUGGAAAGGGAGUAACUACAAUUAUUGGAGGAGGAGACUCAGUUGCGGCCGUAGAGAAAGUAGGAGUUGCCAGCGUGAUGAGCCACAUUUCAACCGGUGGGGGUGCCAGUUUGGAGUUGUUGGAAGGGAAAGAACUCCCCGGAGUGCUUGCUCUCGAUGAGGCCACACCAGUAGCUGUGUGAGAACCGAACCAUCUUAUUAAUUUCCUUUUAAUUAUUCUUGAAUGUUUUUAUCUGAGUUUGUAAACAAAAUGUGGUAGAGGGAGAUUUGUUGAUGUUGUUGUAAAUGUUCAUUGUUGCCUAUUAAGGUCCCAUUCUCUUCUUCCUCUCUCCCCUACUAUAUUAUAUUAUAUAUUAAGAAAAAAAGAAUGAAGAAAUAACUAGUCUACUGCAAGAGACUGUAGAGUUACGAGGAGAGUUAUUCUAUCUAAUAAAAGUGAUCUUUUUGCCA